AUGGCUGGAAACCUUUCAAAUCCCGCUUUCACAUUUAAUCUCAAAAUUGGAAAAUUUGAUAUCCAUCCCACAGCAAUAUAUCCGGUGUUCUUGGCUGGAGCUCUGAUCUACUUGUUCUCUGUGAUCUGUAAUGGAACCAUUCUUGGACUGAUAGUCACUCAGAGAAGCCUUCACAAGCCGAUGUUCUACAUCCUGUUCGGUCUUCCUCUAACCGAUUUAAUGGGAAUCACAGUCUGUCUGCCCAGGGUGCUUUUGGACAUUUUAACGGAAACAAAUGAUGUAUAUUACCCUACGUGUGUUCUUCAGGGUUUUUUGCUACAUUUUUAUGGGGGUUCAAUACCUUUUCUACUGGCAGCCAUGUCAGUAGACCGGUACAUAGCGAUAUGCGACCCGCUCAGGUAUAACUCUAUCAUGACUCCUUGUAAAGUAUGUGGAAUCAUAACGCUGGUGUGGGGCCUUGACUUUACCUUAAUACUAGUGUUGUUUUCGCUUCAGUCUAGAAUGGUAAAAUGCAAAUCUUUUAUUACCAACGUGUACUGUGACAACCCAUCUUUGCUUUUACUUUCAUGUGGAGGGGAUAUGACUGUAAACAACAUUUAUGGUUUAUUUAUAACAGCCUUUAUUCAGAUCAGCAGUAUCUCUAUCCAGCUGUUCUCUUAUACACAGAUUCUCAUCACGUGCAUUAAACAAACACACGCCGAUUCGAGAGUUAAGGCUCUAAAUACAUGUAUAGGCCAGAUUGCUGCAUUUCUGCUCUUUGAAAUAGUGACAACCAUUGCUAUAAUGUCAUAUAGGAUCCCCAACAUUUCUUCCAAUGCACAGAGAAUUUGUGGUUUGAUGAUUUAUACAGUCCUUCCGACUGUCAAUCCAAUCAUAUACGGAAUGAAAACUAAAGAUGUUAGAAUAGCUUUCGUUUUGCUUUUGAAAAAGCACAAAGUCAGCCCAGGUAAAAAUACGCCCGCUAUUAAAAACAGAAAAUAA